UAAGAACUGAAGAGUGCCAAGAGUGCAAUGAAUUCUAAAGCUGCUCAUCUGUCUCCAAAUUUGUAAAGUUGGCGUUUAUACCUAACAAUAAUUUUACUGUUCUGACUGUGUACUAUUCCCACCAAAUUAACCACAAAGCGGAACAUUUAUAUCACAUGCUGCCCUGUACACCAAGGGAACCAAAAUACGGACGGAACGAAUAAGGUCCUUCUGUCAAUCGUUUCACUCGUUCACGCCACAUGCAAGAAAGAAGAAAUAACUAAACACAGCAAACCUUUUUGAGUUAAGUGAAAAAAAGUGCCAUGCCUUUCCUCCACGGAUUCAGAAGAAUCAUCUACGAGUACCAGCCACUCGUGGAUGCUGUUAUGUGUGCUGUUGGAGUCAGUGAAGGAAAUGACAAUCAAGUAGACAGACGUAGCCCUGAAGAGGAGAGCCGCUUGAGCGCUUCUCUAGAGGAGCUAUUACAGCGGGAGUUACACUCCGAAGUGUUUAAUGAAGGCAUCAGCUAUGCUUUAUAUAAAAUGGCAGAGCAGGGUCUGAUAUAUCCUGCAGAAAUCUUACUACGUUAUGGGGCUGAUCUUAACUUUGAAGACCCUGUUUCGUACUACAACCCACUGCAUAUUGCUGUUUUAAGAAACAAGCCAGACAUGGUAAAGCUGCUUGUUGGACAUGGAGCAGACAUUGAAAAGAGAGAUAGGAUCCAUGAGAGCAGUCCCUUGGAUCUUGCAUGUGAAGAAUCAGAAAGACUGUCCUGCCUGCUCACAUUGCUGGAUCUGGGUGCUGAUGUCAAUGCAAGAGACAAACAUGGAAAAACACCACUGCUUCAUGCAUUAGCUAGCAGCGAUGGACUUACUGUGAACAAUACAGAGAAUAUUAAGCAUCUACUUCAAAGAGGUGCUGAUGUCAAAGCUUGUACAGUCGAUGGUGAGAGCGUUGAAUCUGCUGUGGUUUUCUUGAUAAAAGAAGCUAUGGAUGCCAGUGUGGAGGAUGCGGCAGAAAUUGGCAACUUCUGUCUGAAGACCACAGAGCUGCUUUUGGCCCAUGGAGUGGACCCCAGCCUCUGUCUGAACGAGGAGGGUGAAGCCUCUUUAACACAGACCAGCCUGGACUUCUUUGACUUGCUCUUCCCUUUGGCGGCACUCAUACUCCAGAGUGGAGCGUCUUUACAGUGCACAUAUCAUGGAAACGAAUGUUGGUCAGCUUACAAUUCUGUUUUUGAGCGCCUCCACAAAGUUCUACAGCAUUGUUCAGAUCUGACUCGUGCCUCUGAACUCAUGGAGCAAGCUGAGGCUUUGCUCACUUUAGCAAGGUUAAAUACACCAAUGCUCCGCUUGAGUCCUGAUGUCCCAGUCCACGUUCAGGACACUCACCCAUAUGCCCAGGCUCUGGCAGACCUGCACCAGCGGGUCAAAGAGCAGGAUUCAAACCCUCCUGCUCUACGUCAUAUUUGCAGGGCAUUCAUAAGAAGCCAUCUGAAGCCCUGGCCAUUGGAAGCAAGAGUCAAAGCAUUGCCGUUACCAGACAGACUUAAAGACUAUAUUCUCUCUGAACAGAAAUUUACUCUUUUUGCUGGUUGGGACCGCUUUAAGCCAGACCAGAGCCAAGAAUGAUUGUAAAAACAAAACACAUUUUCACUAAUCAGUAUAGCUAUGUAAAAUCUUCACAAUAUGUAUUUUUGUGGUAAAAUAUUUGUGAAGAAAUACUUCAGACUUUUUCUGAGUAAGCUGAGCCUGCAGUAUAAAUUAUUGCCACCAGAUGGCAAUGUUGUUCCUAUACAGCAUUAUGAACUGGUUUUAGUGGUAGUCACAAUUUUUGUUUCUUUGGGGACAGUUUAAGAGUUCUUAAAUGUGCUUUGUUUAUUUUCUUCAUUGCCUAAUAGAAUUUCUGAUUAUUAUACAGUGUUUUUUUUCCUGAAACGUUAAUAAACCAUUACAAUUUCAGUGCUUUAGUACUACAUUA